CUUCGCCGCUCCGGCUCGCGCCCCGCCGGCCUGUCGCCGAGUCGGCGUUGCGGGCGGCCCGGCUCUGCUCGGGAUUGCUGUGCUAUGCCUUGUAUGACAAAAGUCCUCUCACCAAGAAUACUUUUGCCUUGACACCUGUGGACGGUCAGACUAAAAACACUUUGCUAAGGAGUGCUAAAGUGGCAAUGAAACAGCCCAACAGAAAGAGGAAGCUUAGUAUGGAUUCCAAAGAGCAUUUGAAUCAGGAUGGAUGCUUGGAGCAAGCUGAAGAAGAAAAGAAGCCCAGGGAUGGUGCCACUCCAUUGAGUCACGUUCCCUCAGUGGCUGCACAGGAGGCUUGGUCUUGGGAGCAGUACUUGACAGAACAGAAGGCUAUAGCGGCACCCGUGGAACUGUUUUCCAAGGACCAAUCCUUUCCGGAGCAUGAAAAUGGUUUUCAGGUUGGAAUGAGAUUAGAAGGCAUUGACCCCCGACAUCCAUCUGUAUUCUGUGUACUGUCUGUAGCUGAGGUGUGUGGUUACCGCCUAAGACUUCAUUUUGAUGGUUAUUUAAGCUGCUACGAUUUUUGGACCAAUGCUGGUUCCCCUGACAUUCAUCCAGUAGGGUGGUGUGAAAAGACCAAACAUGAAUUGCACAUCCCUAAGGGUUAUAGAAAAGAUAAAUUUGUUUGGAUGGAUUACUUGAAGGCCUGCAAAUUGCAAAAUGCUCCCAAGAAAUUAUUCAGAAACCGGAGUUCUAAUGGGCCAAUGCCUAAAGAAUUUCAGGUUGGAAUGAAGCUGGAGGCCGUCGACAGGAAGAACCCUUCCUUGGUGUGUGUGGCAACCAUAGCAGAUAUUGUUGAAGAUCGCUUACUAGUGCAUUUUGACAAUUGGGAUGAUAGUUACGAUUACUGGUGUGAUGUAAAUAGUCCUUAUGUCCAGCCAGUUGGUUGGUGUCAGGAGAAUGGAAGAACUCUGAUAGCACCCCAAGGUUAUCCUGAUCCAGAAAAUUUUUCCUGGACAGAAUAUCUGGAAGCUACUCAAACUAAUGCUGUUCCUGCCAAAGUUUUUAAAAUGCGGCCACCCCACGGUUUUCUGCCCAGCAUGAGGCUUGAAGCGGUGGACAGACGGAACCCCAGGCUAAUUCGCGUGGCUACAGUCAUCGAUGUGGAUGAGCAGCGGUUAAAGGUUCAUUUUGAUGGCUGGGACCACAAAUAUGACUACUGGAUGGAUGCAGACAGCCCUGACAUCCACCCGAUUGGAUGGUGUGACAUAACAGGGCAUCCCCUGGAAGUACCAUAUCGAGCAAAUGAUGUGAAAAUCCUUCCAGGUCAAGCUGUUUGUCCUACUCCAGGGUGCCGAGGAAUAGGCCAUAUCCGUGGUCCACGGUAUUCAGGACAUCACAGUGCUUUUGGCUGCCCGUAUUCCGACAUGAACUUGAAAAAGGAGGCAACUCUUCAUGACCGUCUGCGAGAACAGACACAGGCAAAUUUGGAAUCUGACUCUUCACAUUCAAGAUCAAAGAACCUCUGUAGUUUGAACUUCAACGGAAAACACGAGAAGGUGAACAGUCAGCCCAGACUUGUACAGCAGGCAAAGUGUUUGAAAAUCAAAGGAAAAGAAGAUAUUGACUUGGAUAAUCUCUUCAGAGAAUAUUCCGCUGAGCAGACACAGCAGGCGCUGCACCAGUCCGUCUUCAUGUCCUCCAUGUCGGCCCACCCCUUCCGGGACCUUCCACUCGGCAGGGAGCAGCACUGCAAGUUGCUUCCAGGCGUGGCCAACAUCCAGGCAGGCGAGGUGGCCCGGUGGACAGUGGACGAGGUGGCUGAGUUUGUACAGUCUCUUCUGGGCUGUGAAGAACAUGCCAAGUGCUUCAAGAAAGAGCAGAUCGAUGGCAAAGCCUUCCUGCUUCUGACACAGACGGACAUCGUCAAGGUGAUGAAGAUCAAGCUGGGUCCAGCACUGAAAAUUUACAAUUCUAUCCUCAUGUUCAGGAAUUCCCAGGACCUCACUGAAGAAGAUUCUCUCUCAGGCCAAGAAGCCAGAGGAUAAACACACCGCCUGAACUGGCCAGGGCACCAGGACCUGUUCUCCCAGCAAUAAGAUUGGCCUACGUUAAUUUGAUUUUAAUAUCCCCAUGGUCAUAGCCAUAUCUCGUUUGGACCUUUUAAAGUGGUCGUGGUUGAGAUGUUCAGAGGGUUUUGAUGGCUGAGCCAAUGCCAAGGACGCAGAGGCCCACGUGUGGUUUAGGAACAUCUUUAUCGUCUGCGGGGUCCUUUCAGCUCCGAUGCCGUGCAACGAACAGACCAAAGAAGCCCACGCAUACACAUUUCAGCUUUCUCCUUCACCAUUUCCCAUUUUCCAAGCAUGAAACUCUCAAGUGGUAAAAUAUGAAGAAAAACAGCAUUCCCAAUACACUGUUAAUAUUCUCACCAGAACAUCUGAGCUUGGCCCAGAUUUGCCAUCUGGGUGCAGUGAGUCUAAGAGGUAGAGGCCUGGUGCUUUAAAAAGACUUCAUGUGGGAUUUUUGUGUACUUUACUCAGGAAAGUGUGAAUCUUUAAAAAAAUAAUAAUAAUAAGCACAUGUUUUCACGAUUCAUUAAUUCUCCUUUUUGUCCCAUGAAUCGUUUCUUGUUGGCACUCCCAGUGUCUCCCGCAACGAGCCCAGGAGCACCAGAACACUCAGCCUGGGCAUUUAGCGGAAGCUGAUCGGACCAUCCCAAGGACCCGUGCCUGCUAGCAGUGCGUGGCAGGCUCUCUUUGGGGGCACAGGGACACCCGCCCUGCCCCUGACACAGGCUCGUGGGCCAGCUACUCUCCCGCCCCAAACCCUCCUGGCUUCUGCUCCGAGGAGGCCUCAGGAGGAUUGGCCCCUCGCUCUCUCUGAGCAGGUGUGCAGCUGGGUUAUAUCUUUGUAGAGUCACAGCACUGAAAGGCAACAUCUCUAAAGUAGGGAGCUUGGUAGCUGUGAGUCGUUUGAACAAUUCUGAUUUCUGGUCAGACCUGACUUGUUUCGUGCAAAGUGACUAUAUCUGACACUCCAGCAACUUCGAAAGACAGUCACCAACUUUCCUACGCCCACAGUCAGCUGCAUAUGCCCCCGUGGAACUGGAGGUCCAUUGUUUCCUGGGGGGCGGGAGGAGGAGACAAGAAACAGACCACACCCAUUUGCCUCUUUAAGAAUCUCACGGUUGAAGAAAGUUGAUUCAGCUUGGAGAUUCUCAAACUGUAGCGCACUGAAGAAAAAAAAAAUCUUCUGUAAGAGGUGUGCACACGUGACAUUUUUCAGACCUUUACCUAAAUGGAAUUUUAAUAUAUUAUUAGUUCAUGUCAAUUUUUGUUUU